GUUGCUUUUUGAACACAACACAUCUGACAUACUCAUACCCCUGUUUCUAUCUUAAUCCUCUGUUGUAGAGAGAGAGAGGGAGGCAGUAGAGUAGCAAAAGGACUUCAAAAAAGGCAGAGUGAGAAACAGAACAGAUCUGCGCAGCUCUGAAACUGCUCAACAAUGGCGUCGAAGCUACUUCUUUUCGCAAAGAUAGUUCAAGACACAGAUGCCAAGAGAAACUAUUGUGUAUAUGACUCUGACAUUUCAACUGGAUUGGGAGUUGGAGGAUUUCUCUUCCUGAUGGCCAGCCAGAUCCUCAUAAUGGUCGCUAGCCGCUGCUUCUGCUGCGGAAGGCCUCUGAGCCCCGGUGGUUCUAGGGCUUUGGCCGUCAUUCUUUUCAUAACCUGCUGGGUGUUCUUCUUCAUCGCCGAGAUAUGUCUGCUGGCGGGAUCAGUGAGAAAUGCAUACCACACCAAGUACAGAACAAUGUUUACUGAAACUCCUCCCUCUUGUCAAAUGUUGAGAAGGGGAGUGUUUGCUGCAGGGGCAGCUUUCAUUUUCUUCACUUCCAUUGUCUCUCAGUUUUACUAUGUAUGCUACUCGAGGGCCCGGGAGAGCUUUCAAUCGUAUAACAAAGAUGCUGGUAUUGGCAUGAGUACCUACAAAUGAGAUUAGUUAAUAUUGUCAUCGUCUCGUCAUCGUCGACCACAUUCCGCUUCAAGGUAGUUUUUGCCUUUCACCUUUUGUAGUUUCCAAUCCAGUUUAUAGAAGCCUAUAGGAUGUCUUCUCUACUGAUCUAUGCCUCGAUCAAAUUCUGUAGUCGAUAGUUUUGUGUCAGUAUUGGAAAACCAUUGCUUGUUAGUUUGUAUUAGGAUAUUCUGCUGAUGAUUAUUGUAUGAACAUGUGUUGCAGGACGUUGUUUUUGACCCUUAUUCUUUCAUCGUUUUUGUAUAACCAAGUAAUCCUUCUCUUCCUCUUGUGGCUUCAUUAUAUGAUGUACACAAAGUUUGUAAUGGAAAAACAUACUUCUCUUUGUUAAUUUGGGCUUUAACUUUUAGUA